AUGCUUGGGAAAAUUGCUGUUCUUCGGUUGGCACAUGAUAAAGGAUUUCCAUGGAAUAAGGAUACAUGUGCUGCAGCAGCCAAGGGUGGGCAUCUUGAUCUAUUGAAAUGGUUGCGUGCCAAUGGUUGUCCAUGGAAUGCGGGUACUUGUAUGAGUGCUGCUGAAGGUGGACAUCUCAAAGAAUUGAAAUGGGCCCAUGAAAAUGGUUGCCCUUGGGAUGAAUUCGCUUGUGCAGUUGCUGCCAGAGGUGGGCAUUUCGAGUUGUUGGAGUGGGCACAUCAAAAUGGCUGCCCUUGGAAUGAAUACACUUGUUCAUUUGCUGCCGAAGGUGGGCAUUUGGAAAUACUGAAAUGGGCACGUGAACAUGGCUGCCCAUGGAACCAAAGAACUUGUGCAAAGGCUGCUGAGCAUGGUCAUUUGGAAAUUCUGAAAUGGGCCAGAGACAAUGGAUGUCCGUGGGAUGCCGAUACUUGUGCAUAUGCUGCUCGAGGUGGGCAUUUGAAGUUGUUGAAAUGGGCCCGUGCAAAUGCUGCCCCUGGAAUGAAGAGACUUGUGAAAAGGCUGCUUGGCAUGGGCAUUUGGAAAUACUGA